AUGUCCUGCGAGGAGCAGCUGAGGAACGGGGGGUGCCUGGCCUCAAGAAAAGGAGCCUUUGGGGACGGCCACCGUUCGCUCUGUAAUUCCCUGAGACAAGGCUGGGAAAUUGCUGGUAUCUUCCUGUCUUUUAUUAAACCUUUUAGAAUCUCCCAGGAACGUGAACCUCGUUUUUCCCAACGGCGAGGCGGUCAGGCAUUGGAACAGGUUGCCCGGAAGGCGGGGGAGUCGCCAUCCCCGGAGGCGCUCAGGCGCCGUGAGGGGCAGCCCAUCUUGACGGCGGGCACGGUGCUGCCGGCCUUCUUCAUCAUCGGCCUCAUCUUCAUCCCCAUCGGCAUCGGCAUCUUCGUCACCUCCAACAACAUCCGCGAGUACGAGAUUGACUACACAGGAACAGAACCUUUUAGUCCCUGCAACAAAUGCUUAAAUGUGUCCUGGGACAGCCCUUGUACAUGCACCAUCAAUUUCACACUGGAACAUUCAUUUGAGAGCAAUGUAUUCAUGUACUACGGACUUUCCAACUUUUAUCAAAACCACCGUCGUUACGUGAAAUCUCGAGAUGACAGCCAGCUAAAUGGAGACAACAGUUCACUACAUAAUCCAAGUAAGGAAUGUGAGCCUUACCGCACAAAUGAGGACAAACCCAUUGCUCCUUGUGGAGCUAUUGCCAACAGUAUGUUUAAUGAUACACUGGAGUUAUACCGCAUUGAUAAUGACACAAGGACUCCGAUUACUUUGAUCAAAAAAGGCAUUGCAUGGUGGACAGAUAAAAAUGUAAAGUUCAGGAAUCCUACAGGAGAUGGAAACAACUUAACUGCACUUUUCCAAGGCACAACAAAACCUGUGAACUGGCCCAAGCCAGUGUAUAUGCUGGACCCAGAGCCUGACAACAACGGCUUUAUCAAUGAGGACUUCAUCGUGUGGAUGCGCACAGCUGCUCUGCCAACCUUUCGCAAGCUCUAUCGUCUCAUCGAAAGGAAGAAUAACCUUCAGCCUACCUUACAGGCUGGAAAAUACUCUUUGGAUAUUGCAUACAAUUAUCCUGUACACAGUUUUGAUGGACGAAAAAGGAUGAUCCUGAGCACCAUCUCGUGGAUGGGAGGCAAAAAUCCCUUCCUGGGAAUUGCUUACAUCACUGUUGGGUCCAUAUGCUUCUUCUUAGGAGUGGUAUUGCUGUUCAUUCAUCACAAAUAUGGCAAUCGAAACACCAGUGCUGACAUUCCCAAUUAAUCUUGCAUUCUGAAAAUAACUGUACUGCAUGUGCAUCAAGGCCAGUCCAGAAUGGACCCAGUUUUUGAAAGACAAAUCUCUGCUUCUGUCAUUUCUGAGACUGGGUGCAUAAUUUUUACCUAAAGCUCCCCUUUCCCACACUGUGGAUUAACUCUUGAAAAUGACGGGUAUACAAUUAGCUCUAUUGAUUGUAUCUCAGCCUAUAUCAGAAACAAUUUUUCUGAUGUUUGCCUCUAACUGGGCAGGCCACAUGAUGCAUAUAGCUCCUGUUCCCUUGAUGCAUCUGCUGCUUGUUCAUGUGCUAUGUCAUGUUGGUAUGAUUCAGUACAUUUAGAUUGUGUGGAGAGAGAUGGUUAUAAGAUGCUGUAAAUUGCUGACUUUCCAGAAUUCAGGUGUCGGUGCUGUUGGAAGAAGUCAAGUCUUAAAUGUUUUCUUCGAUUUACUGUCUUGUGUGCAUGGGCUCCUACAUUUCUUGCUGAGAUUUUAAUAUAUUUAUACAAGUUGUUAAAUAUUUUUCCUGUGUCUAACCACCUCUGUUAUAUUAAAUCCUUUAAGUGCUCUGUAAACUUCAGCACUCUGGAUUCUUUGUAUAUUUACAAUAUAUGUGCCUGGCCAGUAAAUGAGCAUCCUAUGAAAAUACCAGAAAAUCUAUUUGUUAAUUAUCUAUAUGAGACCCUUUAAAAGAUUGAUCUAAAUUGGGACAUGAUUGUUGCAGGUAUAAUAUUUUUCUAAUUUUCUUUGCUUUAAGUCAUAUCCAGUACUAAUUCACUUUUUGCUGGUUUUGCUUUUUAUGAGCAGCACCAAGCAUUAAUCAAGAAGAACUUAAAAGGUUUUUUUGAUUCAUACAUUGGGUGAAUUCCUUUUACUUGGAGGAGUUUCCUAAUUUUUUUAAAGCAUAUGUAUUCUGAGCAGGCUUUGUUUUAAGGGAACUGUAUACUUCUUUCCUUAUUUGGAGUGAACACCACAUUAAUUUUUUGCGGUGUUAAGGAAGUAGACUAGAAGUUCAGAAGUUGAGAUGGCAGUGACAUUUUUCCCUGAAAUGCAGGUUUAGCUUGCUGUGAAACAUAAUUUAAAUACUGCAGUUAGACACAAUGUGCAGGUUAGUGUCUUAAAUUACAGAAGGAUUCACUUUUAGGUUAAUUAAAAGUUAACUGCAACCUGUAAAAUAUUACUUUUUGGUGACUUUUUUUUAGAUGAUGCACAGAAACUGUAAUGUAUAUGGUGGAGAUCACUUUAUAUGCAAUUAGCUUGAUAAAGUAUGGAGUAUAUUAAAAGAGACUUAAUAAAUUCUGCAAACCAUUUAGUAAGAGAUUUGGUUUUGUUCUUGAACAUGUAUUUAUUUUUAUCUGGAUGAAAAUAUAUCAUUAAGUGUAAAUGCAGUUUUAAAUGAGUUGUAUUUCUGGGAUUGCAUAUUUAUUUAAAAAAAUGCACGGUCUAGUAGCUUAAUCUACAAGCAACUUUAAAAAAAACUAUUAAUUUAUCACAUAAUCACAUGACUGGUUUUACUUAAUUAUUUGUAUAGCCUAAGAGUUGAAAUGUGUGAGUCUGGAUAAACUGGAAUGAGGCAGCAUUUCCAGCAUGCUAGCUCUCUAUAACUCCAUAUAAUAAUUUAUUUGUAUAGUACAGCCACGGCUUUCAAAUAGAUUUUAUUUACAGUGUUGUAUUCAUGUAGCUGGAAUUACAGAAUAAGGGUAAUGUACUCUCAAAAACUUGCAGAAUGUGUUAAACUGGCUUUCAGCUGUAGACUAGCUGCUAGUCCAAGAUAGAGUAAAUGAGCACGGGGAUGUCUCACAAUUAGUGGUUAUUAAAAUAUUUUGAUUUUUAAACUUUGUCACUUGAAAUGCAAAUAUAUUCUGCUUCAUUCCUAUUUUUUUCCAAGUGGGAAAGUCUACUUUUUGGGCUGUGCUGAAAAUUAAAAAAGAAGUGUUUUUCUGUCUUCACCUUGUAAUAUUUUUCAAUGCCUUUUUCUUUUUUCUUCUACUUUUUUUUUUUACUAUAGCUGCCAAUGUAUCUUUAAUCUAAAUGAAGUGCACCAGAGUGAGAAUUGCGGUCUGGUUAUUGUGGCAAUUAAGUUCUCUGAGAGUGUUAUAGCAGUAAAUACAUGGGACAGUGUGCCCAUGGAACUUAAAAUGCUUAUAAGAGUUUAAAAUAUUGGUCAAAUUUGUAAGCUCUUCCUUCACUCAUGCUCCUUUGUCUGGAUGUCAUGUUGGUAACUAUGGAGAUCCUUGGAGGAUCCUUGGAAUCUUUCAAGGAUUAAUUAUGAAUAUCAAACCUUGAAGGAUGUAAGUUUUGGGUUUUUUUAAUAGAAAUUUCUGAGGGAGGAAAGGCCAUGAACAGUGUAGAUUAAGUAACCAUCUGCAAAUGGAGCAAUGAGAAAGGCUGGUUGGAUUGGAUUCACAGGAAAUGUUAAUGACUGCACCUUUCUCUCACAUGCCUUACUUGCAGUGGGAAAAGAAGAGUUAGACUAAGUUGAAGAGAUUGCUUAGGGGAAAAAAGUGACAUAAGUCUAAAUCAGGUACCUACAGUAAAUUAAAAAAAGUUACUGGAGUGCAACUGCUGAAGACAAAGAACAUUGCAUAAACACAGAGUAAUCUGAUCUUCAGAGUUCCUGUGACAAGACAAUGGUUUCUGAUCUUUCCUGAAAAUGUGAUCUACCCGUGGUAUUACGUAAGUUU